AUGGAGGAAUGGGGUGAUGGGGCAUACGUACCCCUUGCCCAUGACAUUGCCACAUCAUGGGCAUUGUCCCUCGUCCUUGGUCCAUCGUUCCACGCUGGGGGCGUCGUUAUCGUUAGCGUGGGCGUCGUGCGACGUGACGAUAUGGCACACCCUCAAUCCACUGGACUGGGACUGGACUCAGGAAAGUGGCUGGCAGUCCAGUGGGAGUCCAGUGGACUGGACUGGACUCCAGUGGACUGGGCAUUCUGCCAGCCAAUCUGGCCUGGUAAGAGGGCCACUGGAAUCCACUGGAGUCCACUGGAGUCCACUGGAGUCCAUAUGGAUUACGUGAGGGAGGGUAAAGACCUCGAAGAGUGA